AUGAUAAGCGACGCAUACGAUGUUACUGGAUGUUAUAAUCUCCAGUGUUCUGGUUUUAUACAAACCAGCAGAACCGUUGUUAUUGGAGGUACCAUUGCCCCUGUCUCAAUAUUCGAGGGCAGCCAAUUUGAGAUCAUCAUUUCUGUAUGGAAGGUUAAUCCAAAAUAUGGAAAUUGGUGGUUGAGUUUGGGAUCCAACCAUUCAUUGGUUGGAUACUGGCCAGCUGAGAUUUUCACGAGUUUAUCUUCUGCAGACACGGUGCAAUGGGGUGGUGAGAUCGUGAACACACAGAGUUCCGGCCGGCACACAACAACACAAAUGGGUUCUGGUCACUUCCUCGGCGAAGGUUUUGGCAAAGUCAGCUACUUACGCAAUGUGGAGAUUCUAGAAAACAACAAUAGUUUCCAGCCGGUGCAAAACGUACAAGUAAGAGUAAGCAACUCUAGAUUCUACGAUAUUAGAAACAAAUCUAGAGAAGAUUGGGCUUCGUAUAUCUUCUAUGGAGGACCAGGGUUUACUCCUAUGCAUUCAGGAGUGUCUUCUUCUUCAGUACUGAGUUCGCUUUUAUUUUAUUUUAGUUUCAUCAUUUUUUUACUUGUUUAG